GACGAGUGGUGGCCGAAGCAGGGGGCAUCAAGGGACGCUCGGGCAGGGACCAUGGCGGACGGCGGUUCGGAGCGGGCUGAUGGGCGCAUCGUCAAGAUGGAGGUGGACUACAGCGCCACGGUGGAUCAGCGACUGCCCGAGUGCGAGAAGCUGGCCAAGGAAGGAAGACUUCAAGAAGUCAUUGAAACCCUUCUCUCUUUGGAAAAACAGACCCGUACUGCUUCUGAUAUGGUGUCUACAUCUCGUAUCUUAGUUGCAGUAGUGAAAAUGUGCUAUGAGGCUAAAGAAUGGGAUUUACUUAAUGAAAAUAUUAUGCUUUUGUCAAAAAGGCGGAGUCAGUUAAAACAAGCUGUUGCCAAAAUGGUUCAACAAUGCUGUACUUAUGUUGAGGAAAUCACUGACCUUCCGAUCAAACUUCGAUUAAUUGAUACUCUGCGAAUGGUUACGGAAGGAAAGAUUUAUGUUGAAAUUGAGCGAGCUCGACUGACUAAAACAUUAGCAACUAUCAAAGAGCAAAAUGGUGACGUCAAAGAGGCAGCUUCCAUUUUACAAGAGUUACAGGUGGAAACCUAUGGGUCAAUGGAAAAGAAAGAGCGAGUGGAGUUUAUUUUGGAGCAAAUGAGGCUCUGCCUAGCUGUGAAGGAUUACAUUCGUACACAGAUCAUCAGCAAGAAGAUUAACACCAAAUUUUUCCAGGAAGAAAAUACAGAGAAAUUAAAGUUGAAGUAUUAUAACUUAAUGAUUCAGUUGGAUCAACAUGAGGGCUCCUAUUUGUCCAUCUGUAAGCAUUACAGAGCAAUAUAUGACACUCCCUGUAUACAGGCAGAGAGUGAAAAGUGGCAGCAGGCUCUGAAAAGUGUUGUCCUCUAUGUUAUCUUGGCUCCUUUUGAUAAUGAACAGUCAGAUUUGGUUCACCGAAUAAGUGGUGACAAGAAGUUAGAAGAAAUUCCUAAAUAUAAGGACCUUUUAAAGCUUUUUACCACAAUGGAGUUGAUGCGUUGGUCUACACUUGUUGAAGACUAUGGAAUGGAAUUAAGAAAAGGUUCUCUGGAAAGUCCUGCAACUGAUGUUUUUGGUUAUACAGAAGAAGGUGAAAAAAGGUGGAAGGACUUGAAGAACAGAGUUGUUGAACAUAACAUUAGGAUAAUGGCCAAGUACUACACGAGGAUCACGAUGCGGAGGAUGGCCCAGCUCCUGGACCUGUCUGUCGAUGAGUCGGAGGCUUUUCUCUCGAAUCUCGUAGUAAACAAGACCAUCUUUGCUAAAGUAGACAGGUUGGCAGGAAUUAUCAACUUCCAGAGACCCAAGGAUCCAAAUAAUUUAUUAAAUGACUGGUCUCAGAAACUGAACUCAUUGAUGUCUCUAGUUAACAAAACUACACACCUCAUAGCCAAAGAGGAGAUGAUACAUAAUCUACAAUAAGGGUCUCGAUGCCCUUAAUGCUUUUAGAAGAGUUAAAAUGGAAGUCAUUAAAAAAAAAAAAAAAAAGACUGUUAUGGUGUAUAUGUUGGGUUUUUUUUUUUCCUAUUCUCAGCUCCUUUGUCUUAAAAUUUAAAAUAUAGUGAAUAUGUUUGAGGCCCCUUUCAACUCCCUGAUUUCAUUGUUAACUUUUCAUUUGCAAUUGGUACAAAAAUAUAAUACAUUUCUAUUGUCUAAGUGCUCAAAAAAUUGUGUCAUAACUUACCCAAAUGUUUUUUUAUCAUUUGGAACCUUUUUAGCUAUUAUUUGUUUUCAUUCAGCUAACAGCCAUAAUUAUAAUAAAAGCAGUAUAUGCACGUUUAUUUUCUAUGGUUACCUGUGUUUCUGAACAUUUUAUGGGAUAGUCAUUUAAGUGUUUUUUUAAAUAAAUUCUGUUGUAAGCCUAUGAA